GGGUACCCCGGGUGCUUCAUAUCUCUACACUGUAGAUGAGAAUUAGUAGCUUUGAUCGUCGAUCUGGUGGAACACAUCAUUCGGAUCUCGAUUGGUAAUGCUCAUGCUAAGAUUGCUGCUGUCAUUUCGCGUCGUGUACGCCGUCGGAGGAUAUAUAACCACUCCUGCUAUGUGUCUUGUCUUCUGUCGCGGCGAUGCCGAUGGGGCAUUGCUUAUCGAUCCAUGUCAGAGCGGUAGUAUUUCCUGGAGCUCGUGGCCCAAUCAUUGCGUGCUUAUAUCGCGGGCCUUAUCGGUCAAAGCUAGGAGAGUCUCAGGCUGUUGCUACCCACUGUAUUUGCAUUAGAGCAUCGGCUACUGUUGUCCGGCUUGCAGACAAUGUAA